ACGUUAGAAGCAAGGAUAUAUAACAGCAGACUCCUCCCUCGGCUUGUCAACUGAAGGCAAUGUCAAACUGAACAAAAACAUUUCGGCAACUCCACUUCAGUUAGGAGUCACUGAGGUCAAUGGUGUUAGAAAUGCAUAGCCUUUUGGAAAAGAUUGUGGAACGUUUUCUCGAUGGCCCAACUUACAUUAAUUUUUAUGACUAAGAAACUAGAUCGCUAGCUAGAAUUCUCUUUUUUAGUCUCUUCCACUUUACUGUUGUAAGUGGCUAUCCUAGUGUGCUAAUCAUAGGUUUGCCUUUGUCAGACUAAGCUGUUGACAAAAAGGACACCAGUCAUUCGGAUUUGGAUUUGAAAUAAAAAUGAAGUUCGCUCAUAUUUUGCUGAAGGACACAUCGAAGUUAAACAUACCGAAACAAGUGGAUAGGUUUUCUAAGUUCUCUCCUUCACCGCUUUCGAUGAAGCAGUUCAUAGAUUUUGGAUCUGCCAAUGCCUGUGAGAAAACCGCCUUUAAGUUUCUCCGUCAGGAGCUUCCCGUUAGGCUGGCAAACAUAAUGAAAGAGAUCGACUUCCUCCCUGACAAGCUCAUCAGUACCCCGUCUGUGCAGCUGCUGCACAGCUGGUAUGCACAGAGUCUGAUAGAGAUUGUGGACUUCCUGGAAAAAGACCCUGAUGAUAAGAAGGUUUUGAGAAACUUCACAGAGACCCUGAUCAAUGUGAGGAACAGACAUAAUAAUGUGGUACCCACCAUGGCUCAGGGGGUACUAGAGUACAAGGAGGCCUUUGGUGUGGACCCAGUCACCAAUCAAAAUGUCCAGUACUUCCUGGACCGUUUCUACACAAGUCGCAUCUCCACUCGCAUGCUCAUGAACCAGCACACACUGAUCUUCAGUGGGAGCACAAACCCGGCCCAUCCAAAGCACAUCGGCAGCAUUGACCCAAACUGCGAUGUAGUCGAGGUCGUGAAAGAUGCUUUUGAGAGCUCCAAGAUGCUCUGUGACCAGUAUUAUCUGACAUCUCCAGAAGUGACGAUACAAGUGAACUCUAAAGGAACCAAUGAUCCUAUUAGUAUUGUCUAUGUGCCUUCUCAUCUUUACCACAUGCUUUUUGAGCUCUUCAAGAACGCAAUGAGAGCAACUGUAGAAACCCAUGAGAACAGCACACAUCUUCCGCCAAUCAAAGUUAGAGUUGCUCUGGGAAGUGAAGACCUGACCAUAAAGAUGUCGGAUAGAGGAGGUGGUGUGCCAUUAAGGAAAAUCGAGCGCCUCUUCAGUUACAUGUACUCCACAGCACCAAGCCCAAUGACUGACACUGCUCGCAAUGCACCUCUGGCUGGCUUCGGUUAUGGGCUUCCCAUCUCUCGCCUGUACGCCAGGUACUUCCAGGGAGACCUCCAUCUCUAUUCUAUGGAGGGUUAUGGUACAUCAGCUGUCAUAUAUUUGAAGGCUUUAUCCUCUGAAUCUGUGGAGAGACUACCAGUUUUCAACAAGUCAGCCCUCAGGCAUUACCAAACAAGCACAGAGGCAGACGACUGGUGCAUCCCCAGCAGUGAACCCAAGAAACUAGGAAAGUAUGAUUACAGUGUGUGAGGUGAGAGCCAGGCCAUGGCAGACAGAAUAGAAAUAGAAGAUGGACAUUUAUAUCUUCAUUGCUGUAACUCUCACACUACGCCUUACUGCCAUACUAUUUGUUUUAAAAAUAAUAAAUUAAUUAUUGAUUGUAUGCAGAGAUGUCCAUGCAUGCCACUUACUUCAGAAAUGUGUAGUUUUACAUUCUGUUGUCUGACUCCAUUUUUCAAGGCUUUAUAUAUAUGGGACAUGUGCUUAUAAAAUGUACUGUACAAUAAGGUACUGAUGCAAGACACAGAAUAUGAACAGUAUGACCAGCAUACUGAAACAAACAAAAAGGCUUUUGUGUAUUUUUCCACUAGCUGUCUGCUUAACAUAAUCAUGUCAGAAUGUAAACAAAUGGGCAUUGUUUUAUAUUACCCAAAAUGAACUUUUUUUUAAACAUAGAAUAUGAGGGCCAGUCUAAUAUAAUUAUAUCUUUAAUUAGUGUUGCAUGUGUCCAAGGCAGCUCUGAUUCUGAUUGAUUGUGUCAAACUUUAGUGAAUCCACACUUUGCGAUAUAUGGUCAUUGUGUCCAAGUUACAAAUUUCAAGUGUUUUGUUUGAACAAUGCAGUGACUGAACAACUUGCUGUAAGUUCAUCAUUUACAAACAGCAUUUCAUCUGCACAGGCUUGAAGCUGGUGCAGAACUAUGGAACAGUUGCUUUGCUUCCAUUUAAAGCUAUUUUUGUCAUUUUUUAAGUUAUAAAUGUUAACACAGUAACACUGAAGUGCCAACAUUAUAUUCUGUUUCAUAUUAUUCUAAGGGUGAACAACAUUUAUUUUUAUUUUUAAUCACAUGUUCUCAGGAUGAUGAACACACACCAUAUUUUUCUGUUUGUGAAUUCCAAGAGUGCUGUGUAUGAUUUAUUUGAAAUAACCCACAAGGUUCUCUGAAGAAUGCUGCUCAAAGGGCUGCGGUAGUGUAGCAUUUUCAUGGGAUUUGCAAGGGCAAUGCUUGCUUCUUCAAGCACAAUUCAUUCAAUUCUGUAACUAGUUUAGAAGAGAGUGGGAAUCACUUUCCUUCAUACUUUGUAACUACGUGCCACUGCCAAGCUGUUCCAGUUUUACUAAUGUGCCAUUGCGUUUCUGCUUUUUACAGAGAUCAAACUAGCAGUCAGAUUCAGAUAUAAAUUUUCUUUUGAACAUUACAUGUAUUAUAACCUUGGACUGUUGGAAUGAUCAGUCCUUCCAUUCAUACCUCAGUAUGUGUUUGUAGUCAUGGCAACAUGACACUUAUCACAUAAGGCAGGAACCAUUAUGCUGUUGUAGCAAAGAGUUUAUAGGAUCACUUCCUAUUUAUCUCUUCACCUCACUGUGUAUAAUGCAUUGCUUUCUGCUUUCUUGAAGUGGCUGGUUGUGUUUCCACACAACUGAUUGUGAUUCUAUUAAAACAUAAAAUAAAUAAGGAAAAUA